GGUGUCGAUGAUGAUCAUGAUCUAAGUUUUGAGUUUUUUUUUCCCCCAAUAAGCUUUUUCAUAGUAAGCGGGAGGGGGUGUUGUGCGAUUCGUUACCCCUUGAAUUUAUGAUCUGAUUCUAAUCUGUCGACAGUUUAUUGUCCACGAUUCCAUAAUUGAUUCAAUAAUGACUAUCGAUUGAUACAUCAUGCAGUCAAUGAACAGCUUUGAAUUACCAAGGCAAUCUGGAAGUAAAAAGAAAAUGAACACGGGCGAGAAAUGCCUUGCCGGUAGUUCUACUUAUUAGUGUUAUGUCAGUCCUUCUGAGGGAUGUCGACAAGAAAAGACCAAUAACAGACUCUCUGUUAUCUUACCGCAAAAAUAAACCUCUCGCACACUAGGUUUUCCCUCCACUCCAGACCAUUAUAUAUACCAAAUAUACCAAGUAUAACAGGCAUACAUGAAAAAGUAGGGAUUAGAUUCCUACCCAGCUACUACCUGCUAAGGAAGCUCGGAAGUUGGUCUCGGGUCCACCAUAAAUCGAGCCGAGCAAGGACACACAAGGAAUUCUCCAUCUGCGCCGUCCGAAAGAGGAAUAACAGAAACGCAGUAUCCAUAUGAUUCGAGCCAGGGACGUCUCGCAUUAUGUAUCGUCGGGCACGUUCAAGUUUUCGUCCUAUCAGCAUUCGCGGCGCGCGCAGGGAAUAACCUGAUGGAGCACGGAGGGGAGGGAUCUGGAAUGACAUUCUUUGGAGAUUUAUCAUAUAUGCUGUUAUAUCGGGACUGGGAAGGCGACUCACUAAAUAACUACCUGUUGAACUGCACUGGAUCGAACUGAAUGAACGAACUACUGUGCUUUGCUUUCGUAUUCGUGCGUUUGGAUUUCUAAUAUGCAUGCGUUUAUUUUCCGAUAUUAGUAGCAAUAUCAAUAUCAACAUCAGCACCCGUUUUUUGGGGGGAAAGUUUCUGUUUAUCUUAUCUCACGUCCUACCUGCCUACUUUGUUGGCGUGUCCGGUGUGAUCAUUGAAACUGAUCUUGAGAUCAGUUGGCCGGCGACAGAACGAUCGAGUGUAGUGUGACGAAAGCCGAACCGCAAAGAUGUCGAAGAUCGCAGGGGAUGGAGUCGCAUUGUUUUGGACCUCGGUUCUGUUGCUGGCGUUGUGCUGGAUCACUUUUGCGAUGCGCGCGGGUGUGAGGUUGUGGAGGAAGAUUUGGGGUAUAGAUGAUAUUGUUAUGGCGAUUGGUUUGUUGCUGUUUACUGUCACGAGUAGUCUGUGUAUUGUGUGCAGCUUUUAUGGGAGUGGUCAAAAGGCCAAGGAAUUGAGUGCGCAUGAUAUUGCGAGGGGGACCAAGCUCUUCUUUAUUGCGGAAUUUUUCUACGCCACCGGUGCUGUAGCUAUCAAAUGCAGCAUUGCAGUAACUCUCCUCCGUAUCGCCGAUACUCGUCGUCGCUAUGUUUAUACCGUCUGGGGUAUUAUGGUUAUGACUGCUAUCUCUGCCCUUAUUUUCAUCAUAGGCAUUGCGAAUAUAUGCCAUCCGAUUAAUACGCUAUGGGGGGAAUCGAAUGGAGUGUGCAAUUUACAACUCAACAGCGACGUUAGUUUGUUCUUUUCAGCGGUGGAAAUUGCAACGGAUUGGACUUUGGCAAUCCUGCCGGCGGUAUUGUUGAGGAACAUUCAGAUGAAGAGUAGAGUUAAGAUUUCGGUGGCUUGUAUCUUGGGGUUGGCUGCUUUUGCAAGCUGUGCAACAAUCGUUCGACUCCGCUACCUAUCACUCUACAGCGAUCCUACCGAGUUCAUGUUCGGUACCGGUCGCAUUGGACUCUGGUCCGUCAUCGAAGAAGCCAUGGGAAUAUUCGCCGGAUCUCUCCCUGCCCUUCGACCUCUCUUGUCCCUUCCCUUCCUCAAUCUCAGUACCACCGGAAAUUCCAACAAUCCCACCUCAGGAAAGAACGGAAAUGUACCGCGAACCCAGCACGGUACAGGAAAGAGAUCGGAUAUCAACUUGGAUACUUUCGUUCAACUGGGAGAUUCGGAUAUUGAAAAAGAUGAUGGGGAAAGCCAGAAACAUAUUUUGAAAGAGACAAAGGUUUCUGUGACGAGUGCUAAUAGACACUCCGCGCCGGGAGAAUGGGAACAGAGUCAGAUUUUAGGGUGGAAAGGGAAUAGGAAUUCGCAGAGAAACAUUCAAUAGGGAAUUACGUUAUAACAAUCCGUUGUGAUCGAAUCUCGUACACUCUCGGCUCGCAGUCACUUGAUAAAGGGGCUUCAAAAAGGAGGGAGAGUGUGGAAAGAAAUGUAUACGAAAGUUUUGUACGAUAUAUGGAUAUGAUACCAGGGUGAGAUAUCGCGGUUCUACUUACGAUAUUGAGCAUGAACGCGGAUCGCGAAUCACCCCCGCCGGCGUCACAUCUUGGGGUUUUAAUACGUCUUGGGGAAUUGGAUCUUCAGAGAACAGAUGGGCUGGAUACCAGGAACACGUUCGGUUGGCCAUUUAAUUUUGGUUAGGGGCGUCGAAUAUUGAUAGAUCGAGAUUUUCUCGUGCCUAUUUACAUAUAGGUAUAUAUAGAGGGUUAGAAUUCCGACACCGUCAAGAUCAUAAUGAUUAUGAAGUUGAAUACAAAAUGUCUCUGA